CUUAUGCACGCGCUUCAUAUCGGUGGUAUUUGGACGUAAUUAGCGUGUUUUUACAUUUGCGUAGCGGGGUCCAUUCAAAAUGAGGAAUCAGUGAUGUAUAAAGUGUUGUGUCUUUAAUGUACUUUUGUAUUUCCGAUUAUUUUAUUUUUUUUAUUGUAAUUAUAAAACGAGUGGCGAUACGCUGCGAAAUAGUAGAGACGUAGUUUGGACAUGUCCCAAAAGAAGAGAACUUCAAGCCAGAAGUCGCAGGCCCAAUCUAAUCGGCUGUCCCAGGUAGCAAGAAAUGAAGCUGUUGACAGUGAUGAGGAGGAUGUUUCUCUGACAGAGCCAAGCACAUCUCAGGUUCAGCAGAGUCUUUCAAGACUCACUGUGGCGCAAGUAGACCGUAAGAUGGCUGAAGUACUGCAGUUCAUUCUCAUUAAAGACCAGAAGAAAAUGCCAAUCAAAAGAGCUGAUAUUGUAAAGCAUGUCCUUAAAGAAUAUAAGACAAUUUACAGUGAGAUUUUAAAACGGGUGGAUCGUACUCUUGGGCAGGUGUUUGGCAUGAAACUUGUGGAGAUAGAUACAAAAAACCACACAUAUGUCUUAAUUAACAAGCUGGAGCCUGUGGAUCUUAACAUUAGAGACAUGCACACUGGUUCUCCAAAGACUGGGCUGCUUUUUGUUAUUUUGGCGGUUAUCUUUAUGAAGGGGGGUAUUGUAAAAGAGUCUAUAAUCUGGAAUAUGUUGAAGAAACUCAAAGUAAAGUGUGGUGAAAAGCAUGAGGACUUUGGAGAUGUUAAGAAGCUCAUUACUGAAGAGUUUGUCAGGCAGAGGUACCUUGAGUAUGCCCGUGUUCCACACACAGAUCCCAUAGAGUAUGAGUUUCGAUGGGGUCUACGGGCUGAAAAGGAACUGUCAAAGAUGAAGUUACUUGAGCUUGUUUCAGAGUUACAGGAACAAGACCCCCACUCAUGGACGACCCAGUGGAAAGAAGCAGAACAAGCAGAGUCUAGUUCUCGAGGUAGUUCUCAGUGAUGCUUUAGUUUUUUACACUUUGCUAUCCUGAGUAUUCUUGCCUUUCGCUAAGGUAUAUUUUAUUUUUGUAAAAAUAGUCUAUUUUGGUUCUGGCAUACACCCUUAAAGUCUACAAAGGACAGAAAAAGAAAAAACAUACUUUGAUUCUUUGUAGUUUUUUCUUAGUGGGUGGUGUAUUUAUAGGCAUCUUUUUUCACAAAAAAAAUAUUUGAAAAAAUGUCUAUUCUCAAAUGUUUUAAAUAAUUUUGUAUAAUUAAAAAUCUUUCAAACUCC